AUGCCACUCCUCUCCUCGACGCUUCUGCUCCGAACGCAUGCCCUCUCGCUCGUGACGCUAUCCUACUACCUCCUGACCUCGCCGGCCCAACUCCUCUCCUCGACGCCGAUAUGGCUUCUCGGCGAAAGCAUGCACGUGCGCCCCGCGGCUUUCGCCCUGGACGACCCCGACGACGCCGCGGCCAGUCCUAGCUCUGGCUCGAAAGGUUUCCGAGCUCCGUCUCUACUGCGAACCACGUCGGCGCGGGCUGGAGGACACUCGGAGUCGGAACUGGAACUCUUCGCGCUUCUGGCGCUGAUGUUCGUCGUGUAUGCAGUCACGCAAUUCCUGUUCGCUGGAGAUCUGAGUCUGGCUUCUGUUGGGUUUGCGUCGGCGUCGUCGUCGUCAUCAUCAUCAUCGUCAAAGAGAGACAAUACAAACACCAAUUCUAGCUCUUCUUCUGCCUCUUCUUCUCGUCUUGCUGAGGAACUGAGCACUAUUUAUAACGCCCAGUCGCGCUGGCUGACACUCACCGGUCUUCAUGUACUGGGCUCGGCGGUAUUGGCUGUCUGGAUCUAUGUGUUCUAUUCGACUUCGGCGGCGCAGUCGCAGUCGCAGCUGCAGGCGAGUGUGGCUGCGUCUUUCCUCGGUCUCGCUAGGCUGGCCAAUCGCGCUACUUUUACGGCUGCGUUUCUGGAUAUGUUGUUUUGGGGUUAUCUGUGGACGGUGCUCAAGGAAGAAGGACGGGAAGUGGCGAAAGCGCUGGCCAGGAGGAGGGAGGUGCAGCAGCAACAGGAGGGGGACGAUGAAUGA